AGAGAAUGACUCUGAGAAACAGCUCCUCAGUGACUGAGUUUAUCCUAGUGGGAUUAUCAGAACAACCAGAGCUCCAGCUUCCCCUCUUCGUCCUGUUCUUAGGGAUCUAUGUGUUUACUGUGGUGGGCAACUUGGGCUUGAUUACCUUAAUUGGGCUAAAUUCUAGCCUUCACACUCCCAUGUACUUUUUUCUCUUCAACUUGUCUUUUAUAGAUCUCUGUUAUUCCUGUGUAUUUACCCCCAAAAUGCUGAAUGAUUUUCUGUCAGAAAAUGUCAUCUCUUACGUGGGAUGCAUGACUCAACUUUUUUUCUUCUGUUUCUUUGUCAAUUCUGAGUGCUAUGUGUUGGUAUCAAUGGCCUAUGAUCGCUAUGUGGCUAUCUGCAAGCCUCUGCUGUACACGGUCACCAUGUCCCCUCAGGUCUGUUCUCUGCUCAUGUUUGGUUCAUAUGUGAUAGGGUUUGCUGGAGCCAUGGCCCACACUGGGAGCAUAUGGAGACUGACUUUCUGUGAUUCCAACAUCAUCCACCAUUAUCUGUGUGAAGUUCUUCCUCUCCUGCAGCUCUCCUGCACCAGCACCCAUGUCAAUGAGCUAGUGUUUUUUAUUGUUGUGGGAGCGGUCAUCACAAUUUCCAGUAUUAGCAUUUUCAUUUCUUAUGUCUUGAUUCUCUCUAAUAUCCUCCAUAUUCCUUCUGCUGAGGGUAGAUCCAAAGCCAUCAGCACAUGUGGCUCCCACAUAAUUGCUGUUGCUUUGUUUUUUGGGUCAGGGGCAUUCACCUAUUUAACAAGCUCUUUUCCUGCAUCUAUGGACCAGAGUAAAUUUGCCUCAGUCUUUUACACCAAUGUGGUUCCCAUGCUUAAUCCUUUGAUCUACAGUUUGAGGAAUAAGGAUGUGAAACUUGCGCUGGGUAAAACCCUGAGAACAGUGCUCUCCUGAUGGUUCUGUUUGUAUAAAUUAAUUACUGGUAAGCAUCAUACUUAAGUAUCUUUUUAUUCACAGGUGCAGAACUUUUCAUCUUUUUUCUCAACUAGGUCUUCUUUCCAGUUAACCGCAAGUCUCUUGCUUAUACACUUCUUGAAGAUUAUGCUAUUUUGUAAGAUUUAAAUUGGUUCAUUGCAUGCAAUUUAGCAUCUGUUAAGUGUCUACUGUUUACUAGACUCUAUAUGGGGCCCAAGAGAUAGAUGAAUAAGAUGUGGCCCCAUGCCUUCCAUUCUUUUCUUGGUAGGCUAAAUGGAUUUUUCCAAACAACAUUUCUGGCUGGGGGAUGGAGCAGGUGAUGGUAUGAAGGUCCAGGACAGUGAACUAUGUUUUCUUCAGGUAUGGGAGCAGCUUUACCAAAGACCAAUGUAGAUACGUUGGAGCCAUAAGUAAGAUAGUCUCCCAGCUCAUUGAGAAGUUGCCUGCCCAGGGAGAUCAUAAAUCAUCUCUUUAAUGUACGUACUUGUACACAUAAGAGAAGCCCUUGCACAAGAGUUCUUUACAUGGUUUGAAAUGUAAAGAUAAAUCAAAACUAAAAUCUUUCAUUUCCAAGUUUCAGAACACUUAGGGCUUGGAAUGGUAACCAUGGUGUAGGCGGUUUUGUAAUUGGGCCAAUUUCUUGGGCUCUGUAUGCUAAGGCUGAAAGCAAGAACAAAGAAGAAAUUUCACAGAUUUAUAUGAUUGUUAACUGCUACCUCUCCUCUAUACUUCCCUGGAGAUACUGUGUACAUUAUGGGGCAUUUAGGAAAAUUCUUUUAUUCUUUAAAGUCGAUUUAGAUUUUACUGUCUCUAAGAAUAUGUAUGUAUUGAUAUAUGUAUGUGUGUGCGUUACAGUUAACUAUUAGAGAAUCAGGAAGAAAGAGGAGUUAUAUUACAUUUUCUGCUUGCAGGGAAACUUGAAAUGGAUCCAGAUUUUGAGUGCCAAAGUCCACUUUGUACUGCUCUGCUGAAGAUUCUGCUAUGCUAUAUUGAAUAGUUCAGAUUUCAAGGAAUAUACCCUUAUAAACUUCCUUGAGUGUAGGCAGGAAGGUGAACCCAGGACCAGACCAACCCAUGUGCAAAGAUGGGCAGGUGGAGACUCAGUGUGGCUAGAAGAAUGGGGCUGAGUAGAGGCUAGAACUUGGGGUGCCCUUGAGAAGACUCUCUGUGAAGAGUAUUUGGUACUUUUUUUUGGAUAUGGAGAGAGUAAUAUAAAGUACUGAGUUGAUGUACUUUUCUUUGCCUGUAUUUCUUUACCUCGUCCAUAAAAUUGGAUAGUUGCUCAGUUUGUAUUGGUAUGAGAAACAAGGCAGUAAGAAGUUAGUCCUUCUUGACAUUUACUUCUCUGCUGAUACUCAUGUGGAAGCAGCAGCAUCAUACUGAGAAGAAAGGUAGUUCAAGUGUUCCAGGUUUUGGCCAGAAGCAUGCCAGACUGUGAUGGAGUUGAGAACAGAAUGGGGAAGGACCUGCAGCAUGGAACUGACUAAGGAGGAGACAGAAGACAAACCUUAUUUUCUCCAAAUAUGCUAACGUGAGGAGAUCUCAAAAGAAGGUAGAAAAAUCUGCUAAAUAUUUGGAUUAUACCUAGAUUAUGAUAAUCAUACUUAACAUUUACUGAGUAUAUACUAUAUGUUUGGGCACUUUUAAGGUACCUUACCUACAUUAAACUCAUUGGAAUUGUAUUAAU